AUGGCGCUGGAGAAGCUGCAGGUGCUGCACGCGCUGGACGUGGCGGAGACGCAGCGGUACCACGUCCGCGCGGUGGUGAUCGCCGGCAUGGGCUUCUUCGCCGAUGCCUACGACCUCUUCUGCAUCGCCCUGGUCACCAAGCUCCUGGGCCGCAUCUACUACCACGUCCCGGGGCGGGUGGAGCCCGGGAGGCUCCCGCCCAGGCUCGAGGCGGCGAUCAACGGCGUCACGUUUUGCGGCAUGAUCGUUGGGCAGCUCCUCUUCGGCUGGCUCGGCGACAAGGUCGGCCGGAAGAAGUUCUACGGCAAGACCAUCAUGCUCAUGAUCAUGGGCUCCUUCCUCUCGGGCCUGUCCUUCGGCAACACGGCCGAUGGCGUCAUGGCCACGCUCUGCUUUUUCCGGUUCUGGCUCGGCAUCGGUAUUGGCGGGGACUACCCACUCUCUGCGACGAUCAUGUCGGAGUACUCCAACAAGAGGACGAGGGGGAGCUUCGUCGCCGCCGUGUUCGCUAUGGAAGGCUUCGGCGUUCUUGCCGGCUGCAUUGUCACCUUGGUCGCCUCGGCGACGUUCCAGGCGCGCUUCAACGCGCCGGCGUACGAGGAAGACCCUGCCGCAUCCACCCCACCACAGGCCGACUACGUGUGGCGGAUCAUCCUCAUGGUCGGUGCCAUCCCGGCCGUCUUCACCUACCACUGGCGGAUGAAGAUGCCGGAGACGGCGCGCUACACAGCGCUGGUAGCUCGCGAUGCCGAGAAGGCCGCGCAUGACAUGUCCAAGGUGCUCAAGGUCGAUAUCACCUGCGAGCCGGACAAGGAGGAUAGCAUCACUACCAAGGACAGGGACUACGGCGUGUUCUCCCGCCGCUUCGCCCGCCGCCACGGCCUCCACCUUCUCGGCGCCGUCGCGUGCUGGUUCGUGCUCGACGUCGUCUUCUACUCCCAAAACAUCCUACAGGAGGAGAUCUUCAGCGACGUCAAGUGGAUUCCCAAGGCCCGCACCAUGAGCGCACUCGAGGAGGCCUACCGCGUCAGCCGCGCGCAAGCCAUCAUAGCGCUCUGCGGCACUCUGCCAGGCUACUGGUUCACCAUCGCCUUCAUCGACGUCGUUGGUCGGAAGGCUAUCCAGUUCCUCGGCUUCGCCAUGAUGACGGGGUUCAUGCUCUUCAUCGCCGCAUUGUACGACAACCUGACAAGCCCCAGCCGGCGGAUAUGGCUGGUGGUCAUGUACACAUUCACCUUCUUCUUCACAAACUUCGGGCCCAACAGCACCACCUUCAUCGUGCCGGCGGAGAUCUUCCCCGCGCACCUGCGCACGACAUGUCAUGGGAUAUCGGCAGCGGCGGGGAAGGUCGGCGCGAUCGUCGGGACGUUCGGGUUCAUGUACGCCGCACAGAAGGCGGACGGCAGCGAGGCAACCGAGACAGGGUACCCGUCUGGCAUUGGCGUGCGCGCUUCGCUGUUGGUGCUCGGCGCGUCCAAUGUGCUGGGGAUACUAUUCACCUGCUUGCUGCCGGAGCCAAAGGGGAGGUCGCUGGAGGAGGUGUCCGGCGACGACGGUGAAUGA